UUACCGGGAGCAGGGCUUGGACUGCAGUGUCUAGUUUCUGCUACCUAUUUCUGCCUCGCUGCAUCCUACAAGGAGAAGAAUUGCCCUUUUCCUUGCCCAUUGGACUGAAAAUUGCAGCUCAUGAUUUUUCCUUUCCCUGAAGACCCUAUUGUCCGUCUCAGUGAAAGUGGUCUGCAGCUUUUGAGCAAGGAAUCUGCAAGCUGGAUUGCCGGGUCUGCAUUGUCUGGCUUCAUGACCCCUGCUGUGUGAAGCCUUCAUAUCUUCCUCCUGUCAUCUCGGUCUCAUUUAUUAAACCCAAAUCUGAGGCCAGCCAUGUUUGGUACAGAAUCGUCAUUGAGCAUGUUUCUGAACACACUAACUCCUAAAUUCUACGUUGCCCUAACGGGCACAUCCUCCCUAAUCUCGGGGCUUAUAUUGAUAUUUGAAUGGUGGUAUUUCCGUAAAUACGGAACGUCAUUCAUUGAGCAAGUCUCUGUGAGUCAUUUGCGCCCUCUAUUGGGAGGGGUUGAUAAUAACACUCCAAGCAACUCAAACACAAGUAACGGGGACGCUGAUUCCAGUCGACAAAAUGUUUCAGAAUGUAAAGUCUGGCGGAACCCAUUAAAUCUCUUCCGAGGAGCAGAGUAUAACAGAUACACAUGGGUAACGGGACGUGAGCCGUUGACAUAUUAUGACAUGAAUCUUUCAGCGCAGGACCACCAGACAUUCUUCACGUGUGACACGGAUCACAUGCGGCCGGCAGAUGCAAAUAAACGAGAAUCCCCAGCUGCCCAUCCCCUCUGUGCUGCUCGAGUUGAUGAGGAAGUGUUAGUUUUAGCAGCAAUGGUAAUGCAAAAAGCCUGGAGGGAAAGAAACCCACAAGCCAGAAUUUCUGCUGCACACGAAGCGUUAGAAUUAAAUGAAUGCGCCACUGCAUUUAUUCUUUUGGCUGAAGAAGAAGCAACUACAAUUGUUGAAGCAGAGAAGCUAUUUAAGCAAGCACUAAAGGCCGGCGAAGGCUGUUACAGACGUAGCCAACAGCUACAGCACCACGGGGCACAAUACGAAGCACAGCACCGACGAGACACAAAUGUACUUGUGUACAUUAAAAGGAGGUUAGCAAUGUGUGCGAGGAAGCUUGGAAGGACAAGAGAAGCAGUGAAGAUGAUGCGGGAUUUAAUGAAGGAGUUCCCACUGCUAAGUAUGUUUAAUAUCCACGAGAACUUAUUAGAAGCUCUGCUGGAGCUCCAAGCGUACGCAGACGUGCAAGCAGUUUUAGCAAAGUAUGACGAUAUAAGCUUACCCAAAUCAGCAACAAUAUGCUACACAGCUGCACUUCUCAAAGCUCGAGCAGUGUCAGACAAAUUCUCUCCAGAAGCCGCGUCACGCCGCGGGCUCAGCACAGCAGAAAUGAAUGCUGUCGAAGCAAUUCACAGAGCAGUAGAAUUCAAUCCACAUGUGCCAAAAUAUCUUCUAGAAAUGAAAAGUUUAAUUCUGCCCCCCGAGCACAUCCUGAAGAGAGGGGACAGUGAAGCAAUCGCAUACGCUUUCUUUCACCUCCAGCACUGGAAAAGGGUAGAGGGAGCUUUAAAUCUCUUACAUUGUACGUGGGAAGGGACGUUCAGAAUGAUCCCAUACCCACUUGAAAAGGGUCAUCUUUUCUAUCCAUAUCCCAUCUGUACAGAAACAGCAGACAGAGAAUUACUGCCAUCUUUUCACGAAGUUUCAGUUUACCCAAAGAAGGAACUUCCGUUCUUCAUCCUUUUCACAGCCGGCCUGUGCUCUUUCACAGCCAUGUUGGCACUUCUCACACACCAGUUUCCAGAACUCAUGGGAGUCUUUGCAAAAGCAUUCCUGAGCACAUUGUUUGCCCCUUUAAAUUUUGUAAUGGAAAAAGUUGAAAGCAUCCUUCCUUCCAGUUUGUGGCAUCAACUCACUCGGAUUUAAGACUCUUCCAGCACGACAAGACUGUCAUGACAUCACCAUCUUGCCCACAACAACGCAUGAUCGAAAAAGGGAACCAUUCCGUGACAAAUGAAUGGACUGUCUAUUCUCAUAUACAAACUGUUUUUUGUUGUAAAAGGAAAAAAAAAAUGUUCAAAGAAAUUUUUUUUGCCUCCCCCUCCCUAAAAAAAACAAACAAAACAAAAAAACACAAAUCUUAAAAAUUAAACUUUUGUGUAUGGCAGAAGAACUUGAGCUGUCAUGCUGUUUGGAGAGCUUAGCGGCGCAAUAUAUAAUAAAGGCAAACUAUAGGCUAGGAACAUAAAAUUGUAUUCCUAAAAAUAUAAUGCCCUAUAGUCCCGCCUCGCUCGCGCACCUCGGUGCUGGGUCAGGCUCCACCUCCGCUCCUCCUCCGAUCUUGGGGACCUAACGCACAAGUGCAUUUGGACAAUCGUGUAGGAAAGCAUUGAAUCAAUGCUUUCCUACUGGGUUUUAACUGAUG